ACACCAGUACAAUACUCUUUACUACAGAAAGUACAGCAUCUUUCAUUGAUGAGACUACAAUACCUACAAUUUCAGAAAAAGAGGAGAGAGGUUGGAGAUAUUGGUUGCCUAGUUCAGGUUCCUGGAGACCAUACUUUGGUUCAGAUUCUGCAGUUCAACCUCAACUAAACAAAACAGCUGGAGAAUCAGCUGCUCUUGAAAAAUCAACUGACCUGGGAGAAUCAGCUGAUUUGAUUGAACAGGCAGCAGAAUCUGAAUACUCGUGGUUCUACUCAUAUAACGCAAUAAAAAAAUCCGUUGACCGGAUGUAUGAUGCAGGAACUCCAAAAUGCUCUGAGAAGAAAACCUUCUGGUGUCCUGAUCUUGUGAACAAGUUUAAGACCAGUGUCUGCUGUGACAGCCAUUGGUUGGCUAAAGGAGCAAAUUUAGAUACAGGAGAUGAAUGCAGAAUUGAUUUGGUUGAAAUGGAACAACAGUGUGAAAUCAGAACCUGUUAUAAAAGCUCAGAAUCAACAAUUCCAGGUCAAUGGAACACUGAUGGGUGUACUUACUCACCAGAUUAUUUACUUAGUUAUGAGUCCUGUGUAAUGCAUGAUCUGUGCUAUGUAACCCCAGGAACCACGAAGAAACGAUGUGAUGAGGUUAUGGAAGAAAACAUAAAUAAGAUAUACUGUGAGAAUGUAAACUACAAGGACAGCUAUGCCUGCAGUGUUAGAUCAAGGGUCGGGGAGUUUGCCCAUAAAAUAAUGAGUUUCACGGAUUACUACUAUGUUGCUUCAGAACCAUUUAGAAACUCCUGCAAAUCUGAGGUAAAAAAAACACUGCUUUUCAACCCGACUAAAAUUGUCUUUUAUUUUGAUUUUUGUAAUUAAAUUUCUCUGAACAAC